CCGGAGGAGGCCUGGCGCGGCGGCGCGGCGUUGGGGGUUUGGUAUGAACAGGAUUCGGAUUCACGUCCUGCCGACCAACCGCGGGAGGAUCGCGCCGCUGCCCAGGGCCCAGGAGCCGCAGACUUGCUCCUUCACGCAUCGCGCGUGCUCGCAGCCCCGCCUGGAAGGACAGGAGUUCUGCAUUAAGCAUAUCCUCGAAGACAAGAAUGCGCCCUUCAAGCAGUGCAGUUACGUAUCCACGAAGAACGGAAAGAGAUGUCCCAGUGCUGCCCCGAAGCCAGAGAAGAAAGAUGGUGUGUCGUUCUGUGCUGAACAUGCCCGAAGGAAUGCUCUUGCACUGCAUGCUCAGAUGAAGAAGACCACCCCAGGGCCUAUGGGGGAAGCACUCUUGUGCCAGCUGAGUUCCUAUGCAAAGACCGAGCUGGGGUCUCAGACUCCAGAAGGUAUCCGUAGUGAAGCCAGCCGAAUACUGGAGGAAGACAGCUGGAGUGAUGGGGACCAGGAACCCAUUACUGUGGAUCAGACAUGGAGAGGUGACCCUGACAGUGAAGCUGAUAGCAUAGACAGUGACCAAGAAGAUCCCUUGAAACAUGCUGGUGUCUACACAGCAGAAGAAGUGGCCCUGAUCAUGCGUGAGAAGUUAAUUCGUUUGGAUACGAAUCAAGUUCUCUUCAAAUGCUGCCAGGGAUCUGAAGAGGUUCCCUGCAACAAGGCCGUCCCUGUAAGCCUUUCUGAGGAUCCGUGCUGCCCACUGCAUUUCCAGCUGCCUCCUCAGAUGUAUAAGCCCGAGCAGGUACUGUCUGUGCCAGACGGCCUGGAAGCCGGCCCCAUGGAUCUGUACUGGAGUGCUGCUGAGCUCCAGCCCACUGAGAGUUUACCACUGGAGUUCAGUGAUGACUUGGAUGUUGUAGGUGAUGGAAUGCAAUGCCCUCCUUCACCCUUGCUUUUUGAUCCUUCUCUAACCCUUGAAGAUCAUUCAGUCAAAAAAAGUGCUGAAGGCUCAGUGGAUAUAUUGGGCCAGAUGCAGAUGGCUGGAGAUGGGUGCAGACCCCAGGGAUCUCGAAAUUCUGAGAAAGUCUGUGCACCACUGCCUCAAAGUGGACUUGAUCCUGCGAAUGGGAAGUCAGAGUCUACUUCUGUCAGUUGAUGGUUUAUUCUAGGAUCUAUUUGGCUUGGUCGAUUUGAAAUUCCAUUCCUCAAAGAAGUAUGUUUGAUCAUCUUUUUUACAAAUGGGGCAACUUUGCCUUGUUUUCCUUCUGGGUUGGAGUUGUAGUUAAAUAAAAGCUAAAAUUGGGGAAAAUGGGUCAAUUGUGUGCAAGUUGUGGGGUUCCUCCCACUCUGGGCCAGGAGGAGAGAUAUCCCUAUCUCUGGGAUUCAGUGAAUAUUUGGGACUUUGCCUGAUGGGAAAGACCUCUUUGGAAUGAUACUUCCUAAGUUGUGGGCAGGAAUCCACAUAGAUGGCUA